AUGGAGUUUCGGCUACACCCCAGGCUACACCCCAGGCUACACCCCAGGCUACACCCCAGGGUACACCCCAGGCUACACCCCACCCAGGCUACACCCCAGGCUACACCCCACCCAGGCUACACCCCAGGCUACACCCCAGGCUACACCCCAGGCUACACCCCAGGCUACACCCCACCCAGGCUACACCCCAGGCUACACCCCACCCAGGCUACACCCCAGGCUACACCCCACCGAGGCUACACCCCAAGCUACACCCCAGGCUACACCCCAGGCUACACCCAAGGCUACACCCCAGGCUACACCCUAGGCUACACCCCAGGCUACACCCUAGGCUACACCCCAGGCUACACCCCAGGCUACACCCCAGGGAGGACACUGAAGAUAAGAGAGGACGGAGAGGCAGGCUGGACAGUUUGGCGCACCAAAGGUUAUGGACUACGGGACAUGACAGUUUGA